GCUUCUCCCCCGCGUCCUUGCGGAGAUGUGGCGGUCACGGCGCAUGUUUGACGACAAUUCACGCGCUGACUGUUAAAGUUAAAGCCAAGAUGACAGUACCGAAAGAAAUCCCGGAGAAAUGGUUUCCAAUUGUUCUGCCUCUGCAAAGAAAGAAACAGAAAGGACUUGAGGGAGGCAAAUCGGAAAAGAGGAGGACAGAGGAGGAAAGAAGGGUCAGAGCUAAUGACAGAGAGUACAAUGAAAAGUUUCAGUAUGCGAGUAAUUGCAUCAUGACAUCCAAGUACAACAUCAUCACCUUUCUGCCCGUCAACCUGUUUGAGCAGUUCCAGGAAGUAGCCAACACCUACUUCCUUUUCCUGCUCAUACUGCAGUUGAUACCUCAGAUCUCCUCCCUCUCCUGGUUCACUACCAUCGUGCCUUUAGCUCUGGUGUUGAGCAUCACUGCAGUAAAGGAUGCCACAGAUGACUAUUUUCGUCACAAGAGCGACAACCAAGUGAACAACCGUCAGUCUCAGGUCCUCAUCCGUGGCUCUCUUCAGAAUGAAAAGUGGAUGAAUGUUCGAGUGGGUGAUAUCAUUAAACUGGAGAACAACCAGUUUGUGGCAGCUGACCUGCUCCUGUUGUACAGCAGUGAACCUCACGGGCUCUGUUACAUUGAGACAGCCGAGCUGGAUGGAGAGACCAAUAUGAAGGUGCGUCAGUCUGUAUCAGUGACAUCUGAACUUGGAGACCCGAACAACUUAGCUUCAUUUGACGGUGAGGUGCUGUGUGAGCCCCCUAACAACAAGCUGGAUCGUUUCUCUGGGACUCUGUACUGGAGAGAGAAGAAAUACACCCUAACCAACCAAAAUAUGCUGCUGCGAGGGUGCGUCCUCCGCAACACUGAAGCCUGCUACGGCCUGGUCAUCUUCGCAGGCCCAGAUACCAAGCUAAUGCAGAACAGCGGUCGCACUAAGUUUAAGCGUACGAGCAUCGAUCGUCUGAUGAACACUCUGGUCCUCUGGAUCUUUGGCUUCCUAGUGUGUAUGGGUGUGAUCUUGGCUGUUGGUAAUGCAGUGUGGGAGAAAGAGGUGGGGUCCUUGUUUCAGAGCUACCUGCCCUGGGACCCGCCUGUCGACAACUUUCUGUUCAAUGCCUUCCUCUCCUUCUGGUCCUAUGUCAUCAUUCUCAACACCGUGGUGCCUAUCUCUCUGUAUGUCAGUGUGGAGGUGAUCAGGCUGGGUCAUAGCUACUUCAUUAACUGGGACCAGCAGAUGUUCUGCUCACAGUGUAACACAGCAGCUGAGGCCAGGACCACCACUCUGAACGAGGAGCUGGGCCAGGUUGAAUACAUCUUCAGUGAUAAGACUGGAACUCUCACUCAGAACAUCAUGAGCUUCAACAAGUGCUCCAUCAAUGGACAGACUUAUGGUGAAGUCACAGACCCACUUGGACUUCAGCCAAAGAGACUGGACUUUACUCCCUUCAACCCCCUGGCGGACCCGGACUUCUGUUUCUAUGACGACACGCUGCUGGAAUCAGUGAAAGUGGGAGACUCGCACACUCACGAGUUUUUCCGCCUGCUCUCCCUCUGCCACACUGUCAUGAGUGAGGAGAAGAGUGAGGGAGAGCUGUUCUAUAAGGCUCAGUCUCCAGAUGAGGGCGCUUUAGUGACAGCGGCUCGAAACUUUGGCUUUGUGUUUCGCUCCCGAACGCCUGGGACGAUCACCACAACAGAGAUGGGACGACCUGUCACCUACACUCUGCUCGCCAUUCUGGACUUCAACAACAUACGUAAAAGGAUGUCUGUUAUAGUGCGUAACCCAGAGGGCAGGAUCCGUCUGUACUGUAAAGGAGCUGACACUGUGCUGCUGGAGAGACUCCACCACUGUAACCAGGAACUGGUGAAUAUCACCUCAGACCACCUCAAUGAGUACGCAGCAGAUGGGCUGCGGACCCUGGCCCUGGCCUACAGGGACCUGUCCGAGGACGAGUGGGAGGCAUGGUCAGAGAGCCACCGCUGCGCUGACAAGGCCACCAACUGCAGAGAGGACCGACUGGCAGCUGCUUACGAGCAGAUAGAGCAAGACAUGAUGCUCUUGGGUGCCACAGCUAUAGAGGACAAGCUGCAGGAAGGUGUACCAGAGACCAUCGCUGUCCUCUCUCUGGCCAACAUCAAAAUCUGGGUUCUCACUGGAGACAAGCAGGAGACGGCUGUCAACAUAGGUUACUCCUGCAAGAUGCUGACAGAUGAUAUGACUGAGGUGUUCAUCAUCAGUGGGCACACUGUCCAGAGUGUACGGAAGGAGCUCAGGAGGGCGAGGGAAAGGAUGAUAGAGCUGUCACGAACCAGAGAUGGAGGGAAGGAGGCAGGGAUGGAGGGAUGGGGAGAGGCGUGUUUCAUGGGUAAUGGGCUCAGAGAAGGACAAGAAGGAGAUGGUAGGGGAGGAGGAGAGGGAGGAGGGAAACAGCAGGAGUGCUCUCCUCCUCCUCCACCUCCCUCCAACCUCAUGGACAAUAUCUCUGGAGAGUUUGCCCUCAUAAUCAACGGUCACAGUCUGGCCCAUGCUCUAGAAGCAGACAUGGAGACGGAAUUUGUGUCGACAGCGUGUGCGUGCAAAGCAGUGAUCUGCUGCAGAGUCACCCCGCUGCAAAAAGCUCAGGUGGUGGAGCUCAUCAAGAAACACAAGAAGGCCGUCACUCUGGCUAUAGGAGAUGGCGCUAACGACGUUAGCAUGAUCAAAAGCGCUCAUAUAGGAGUUGGUAUCUCAGGUCAGGAGGGGAUCCAGGCCGUGCUGGCCAGUGACUACUCCUUCUCCCAGUUCCGCUUCCUUCAACGCCUGCUGCUAGUCCAUGGCCGCUGGUCCUACCUGCGCAUGUGCCGUUUCCUAUGCUACUUCUUCUACAAGAAUUUUGCUUUCACCAUGGUGCACUUCUGGUUCGGCUUCUUUUGCGGCUUCUCUGCUCAGACUGUGUAUGAUCAGUACUUCAUCACACUCUACAACAUUGUCUACACCUCCCUCCCUGUGCUGGCCAUGGGGAUAUUUGACCAGGAUGUUCCCGACCAAAGGAGCCUGGAGUAUCCUAAACUGUACGAGCCUGGGCAGCUCAACCUCCUCUUCAACAAGAAGGAGUUCUUCAUCUGCAUUGCGCAGGGCAUCUACACAUCAGUGGUGCUGUUUUUUGUCCCCUAUGCUGUCCUUUCUGAUGCCGCUCAGAGCAACGGAGGGCCCCUCGCUGACUACCAGACCUUCGCUGUCACCACAGCAACCGCCCUGGUCAUUGUGGUCAGCAUGCAGAUCGCUCUUGACACAGGCUUCUGGACAGUCAUCAACCAUGUGUUUGUGUGGGGCUCUCUUGGCUCCUACUUCACCAUAAUGUUGGCUCUGAACAGUCAGACCCUCUUCAGGAUCUUUCCCAAUCAGUUCCACUUUGUUGGUAGUGCCCAGAGCACAUUAUUGCAGCCUGUCGUGUGGUUAACUAUUGCACUGGCAACAGCAAUAUGCAUAGUUCCAGUUUUGGCAUUCCGCUUCCUCAAGCUGGACCUUAAACCUCAGCUCGCAGACACGGUGCGCUACACUCAGUUGGUGCGGCAGAAGAAGCGGAAGCCAGUGGGUCGCAGAGUGGUAGGUGCCUGGCGCGGUGUGGGCAGCGCAUCAGAGGGUCGUCUGAGCGCUCGGGGUGGUUCUAGGAGGUCCGGCUAUGCCUUUGCCCACCAGGAGGGCUUUGGAGAGCUGAUCACCUCAGGGAAGAACAUGAGGCUCUCCUCUCUGGCCCUGGCUACCUUUGCCUCAAGACACAGCUCCAGCUGGAUCGACACGCUCCGCAGGAAGAAACAUACUCACACUCACACUCCCCCCAGCACCUCGGGGGAGUGCAGUCCAGCGCCCAGUUAUGUCUCUGGGUCAGUUCCGCCACUUUCAAACUCCUCGUCUGUUCUGGGCAGCUCACAAGAUACACCCAUUGAGGAGGAAACAGGCACAGCACCAGCCCAAAAUACACAGACUGUUCCAGCUUCAUUCAUACAAACCCUACCAGCUUUAGCGUCGGAUUCAGAAUCAGCUGCACCUCAGGUUCCAGCUCAGGCCCUCGGAGCUGGUGUCCUCAGCUCCACAGCGGUGAGAUGCCAUGUGGGAGACUCACCGGGAGGCUGGACGCUCACUCUGGGGACUGUGCAGGAAGCUCUGUUUGGUUGGAAGGGCAUUGCGGCUCGCACCAGUGCACCGAGCAGCCAAGGCCCACCCUCUAUUGCCAAGGAAACCAGCCAGAUUGAGUGACACAUUCAUAAUAAAUGGAGGAGUUACUUGUUGGCUUCUGUCCAUCAGAUGUUUGUGCGCACAUACAGGAUCUGUUCUGUGCUUUUCUGGAUGGAUACUGAGACACUGAGAGCACACAGACUUUUAUAAAAAGAUGCAAAGAUCUCCUCUCUGUUUCCCAGCUGAUGUGUCUCAAAAGAAAUCAUUUACAUCUGAAUCACAGGAGGAAGUGGCACUUCCUGAUGACAUUGACUUUGUCAACUAUGAACUAGGAUUUAAUGGUGAUAUAUUUUACAUGUUCCUACGGGAUACGAUGACUGUGUUCAUGAAUUGCUGAUUGAUUAUCAUGAGAUUUACAGUAUAUAACUGAGGGACAGCAGCGGGUGCAGAAAUAGAUGUCAAGAUAACUUAUUACUAAUUAUCUAAAAGAACGUUUCCGCUCUCCCAAAAAUUAGCCUCAUUCACAGCCAAGUCACACAGUAUCUCUCAAAAUCAACAGUGAGUUGAAUGAACAAGCAGUGUAACUUUCAGCCAGUGCAGACGUUAUAAUCUGUAAAAGUGUUCUUUGUCUCUGUGUUGACUAUAGUUCUCAGUGAGAACGGUACCUUAAGUUACAAAACAUUGCAAGACUCUUGCAAGAUUUGUGUCCCUUUUCUCUCACUUAUAUGUUUUCUUACUUAUUUACCCCUACUCCACGUUUUCUUUUUUGCAUCAUAUUGAUGUGUUUUAUAAUGGCUUAAUUGAGUUGCACAUUAAAGCAAGCUCUCAGUUCUUUUUUUUCUCCUAUUUGCACGUUAGGCCUUUUUUGGUCUGACAAAGACCCAGAUCAUGCUAAUGUACCUCUGAUGUAAUGUCUCAUACCACCACAGUCUGAAAAGUAGAAUGAAAAGACAAGUUGCCACUGGCUUAUUUUAGGUUGGCUCCGGGCACAGUUACAUAUAUUUAAAAGUGGUUUAUCAAAGCCUUAAUCAUACAUGUUGUCACUUUUUGUGUGAAAAGUUCAUAGUGUAUAGAUAUACUUCAGUAAAGCACUUUAAAUUCUUAUUUUUAAACUUUAUUUUUAUUUAAAUGAAAGGAAGGUGUUUGGGGAUAAUCAUGCCUUAACAAUGCCACAAUUUUGGUCCUCUAACCUCUCUUUUCUGAUUCCUGAUCCCUCAGUCAAGCGUAGCAUCCCAUCUGAGUUGCAAAUGCUCUUGUCAAAGACAGACCCCUGAUCUGGACUGGGUUGAGAUGAUCAUUAACUAGGGUGACCAGAGGAACAAUCUCUCCCUGUACUACCAUCAUCAACAAACCAGCUUGAAACACAACAGAAUGCUGACGUGGUCUGCAAAAAUAAGACACCAACUUAUGGAACUUAACUUAUGAAAAUUAAUGUACUGCAACAUAUGUGGCCCCAUGAAUUGUCCAAGCAAGGGUCAUUUCUUGGGUGAAAUGUGGAG